GAGGCCGCGGGCCGCGUUCUCCGGCUGGCUCGCGUCCCUCCGUCGCCGCAGGCUGCGCGCCCGCUGCUGCCGCCCCGCACGGGCCGGGGCGCGGAGGCGGUGGCAGCCUCCCCUCUGCCCUGCUAGGGCGUCCCUGCGCCCCUCCCGCGCCUCUGCGGGGGGUUGCCCUUCGCCGCCUCUUCCCGGCCCCCGAGCGCCGUCUUCAGGGCCCACUCCCGGGACCCCGGCCUUCCUCUGCCGCCCGCCCCGGGACGGCCGCCCGCAUCCCCCAGCGCCUUUUCUCCCGCUGUCCUGCGGCGACCUGGUGGAGGCAGCAUUCCUGUAACCGGCUGUCAGCGCAACUGCUCUCUUACUGUGAGGGCGCUUUCCUGACUGAGAUGGCCUUCGCUUCACAGACCCUUCCCGACCCCUAUGAAGACUUCAUGUACCGUCACCUCCAGUACUAUGGCUACUUUAAAGCUCAGAGAGGCAGUUUACCAAACUCUGCUACGCACCAGCAUGUUUGGAAGAAUAAUCCUCGAUACCUGUUGAGUGGCUCUUUUGGGGAAAGAGAGGAUUUGGUACCGGACCCCUUGCAAACGAAGAAGCAUCUAUGGCCUACCCGUCUAUCUUCAGAUGUGCACAGACAGAUGGAAGCUAUUAGCAGAGAUUCCCUUAUACUGAGUUCACCAAUUCCUAAGAGCAGACAGCUUCUUCAUGAUGACCUUGGUGAAGCAAACCCACGUCUUCGAGAACCCCGAGAUCUCUUUGCCUUUUUCUCCCGCAGCGGGCCACUGCAGGCUCCACGAUGGCCCAUAGAAUGUGAGGUCAUCAAAGAGAACAUUCAUCAUAUUGAGUGGGUUCCACCUCAGCCGGAAUAUUUCUAUCAACCUACAGGAAAUGAAAAGGUACCAGAAAUUCUAGGAGAAGAAAAAGGCACAGUUGUCUAUCAGUUAGAUUCAGUGCCCACUGAAGAUUCCUAUUUCACCAGUUCCAGAGUGGGAGGCAAACGAGGAAUUAUCAAGGAACUUGCAGUCACGUUGCAAGGACCAGAAGAUAAUACCCUACUGUUUGAAUCAAGGUUUGAGAGUGGAAACCUGCAGAAAGCUGUCAGAGUAAACACCUAUGAGUAUGAACUCACCUUGCGAACUGACCUGUACACGAAUAAGCACACUCAGUGGUUUUAUUUUCGAGUUCAGAACACCAGAAAAGAUGUCACCUAUCGCUUCACCAUCGUCAACCUCCUAAAACCCAAGAGCCUUUAUACUGUAGGGUUGAAGCCACUCAUGUAUUCCCAGUUGGAUGCCAGCACCCACAGCAUUGGCUGGAGAAGAGAAGGAAAUGAAAUCAAGUACUAUAGGAACAACACGGGUGACGGGCAGCAGCCCUUUUACUGUCUCACAUGGACCGUUCAGUUUCCACAUGACCAGGACACUUGCUUCUUUGCACACUUUUACCCAUAUACGUACACUGACUUGCAAUGCUUCCUGCUGUCGGUGGCGAACAGCCCUGUCCAAUCUCAGUUCUGCAAACUCCGAACUUUAUGCAGGAGCCUAGCUGGAAACACCGUCUACCUGCUAACCAUCACCAACCCAGCCCGGACCCCUCAAGAGGCAGCCGCAAAGAGAGCUGUGGUCUUGACUGCCAGAGUGCACCCUGGGGAAAGUAAUGGCUCCUGGAUGAUGAAAGGCUUUUUGGACUUCAUCCUUAGCAGCUCCCCAGAUGCCCAGCUCCUCAGAGAUAUCUUUAUCUUCAAAGUGGUUCCCAUGUUAAAUCCAGACGGCGUGAUUGUGGGGAAUUACCGGUGUUCGCUGGCCGGAAGGGACAUGAACAGGCAUUAUAAAACCAUUCUGAAGGAGUCUUUCCCUUGCAUCUGGCACACCAGGAACAUGAUCAAGAGGCUUCUUGAAGAAAGAGAGGUUCUCCUGUAUUGUGACUUCCAUGGCCACAGCCGUAAAAAUAAUAUCUUCCUGUAUGGCUGUAAUAACAGCGAUCGCAAGUUCUGGCUUCAUGAGCGCGUCUUUCCUUUAAUGCUGAGCAAAAAUGCACCAGACAAGUUCUCUUUUCAUAGUUGUAAUUUUAAAGUCCAAAAGUGCAAAGAAGGAACAGGACGAGUUGUGAUGUGGCGGAUGGGAAUCCUCAACAGCUAUACCGUGGAGUCUACCUUUGGCGGGUCCACCCUGGGCAAUAAAAGAGACACUCACUUUACCACUGAGGAUCUAAAGUCCCUUGGUUAUCAUGUCUGUGACACCCUUCUGGACUUCUGUGAUCCUGACCAAACCAAGUUCAUGCAGUGUCUAGCAGAGCUUAAAGAGGUCUUACAACAGGAAAUCCAUAAGAAAUUCAAAGAACUGGGACAAGAUAUGGAUUUAGAAGGAGGCUGGAGUGACAUCUCUUUGUCUGACAUUGAAUCCAGCACCAGUGGUUCUGACAGCUCUCUCUCAGAUGGUCUCCCUGUUCACCUACUGAACAUAGCAGAUGAGUUGAAUCACAAGAAGAAGAUGUAUAAGAAGAAAAAAAGGAAGCCACUUCAGUCUAGGAAACAGCGAAAUAAACCGUAUCAGGAAAAUAAUUUGAUGCAGGAGUCACCGUUAACAGAAUCCUUCCAGGAAAGGGCAAGGUUUGCCUCUACUCUGCAAAAGCAGCCUGCUUUUUUCCAAAAUUCAGAGAAUACAAGUUCUUCAGUGAUGAAAAAUGAAAAACCAAGGUUGAAUGAGAGAGAAAAGCCAGGAUUUACAGUAUCGGGCUCUCCAAAGAGAAGCACAGACCCCAGCCAAGAGCCCGCUCCAGACGUGACGCCGCACUGGUCCAGGAGCAGAUAUCCUGCCCCGAAGGGAAGCCGCACAGCUGCGGUGGUAUACCCAUCCUUGCACGUGUACACCUACCCAUAGGUGCCCGGGCCACGCCUCACAGGCUCGUUCUUGCUGUGUUUUGGGUUAGACGAGUUUCGUAAGGAAGGGAUUUGUAUGCUCGGGAACUGCGUUCACUUGUGGAUUUCUGUGCUGCGUGUUCAUCACGCACUGUCCUCACCCUGGGUGCUUAGACCAUGUGCGUGCUCUCAGCGUGCAUACCUCACGAAUUUAAUUAUUUUUUCAUAAAAUGAAAUUUUAUUGUAACGUAUCCAGAAGCUUCCCUUGUCAGAAAUUGAAGUGUGUGCUCAUGAAACUACAACAUAGAUAUACCUCACUUUUACCAAUAGAUAUUCUUUCUAAAAUUAUGUGCAAAUCAAUUUUAAAAGCGCACACUCUAUUUUAAACCUAUUCUGGGAGUUUUCUAUGUUAAACAGUCUUGUGUCAAAGCUUUCUAGCGAUGAAUGAUCAGUCUGACAGGGUAUAUCAGGUUUGCGCAGGGCAAGGUGCUCCCACAUACCUGGAAGGCAGUGCUGCGUAUAUAAUGUCCAGCACCGUUACGUAAGCUUUUUAACCCAUUGAUUAAAAUUCUUUCUUGCCCACAGAUUGUUCCCUUUGAUUGGUUAACUGUGUAAUCUGGUGUGAAUAGAUAUUUUAGGUUUUCUCUCCCUCGCAAGCACCAAACACCAUCUGCUGACUACAGCCUGUCAUGUCAAUGUGCUGGAGUCAUGUUAAACAAGGAUCAUUCCAGGUCAUGCCAGGCCUCCUGCUUUGACUUUACCUACUUCCUUUCACAUUGGAUUGAAAGUUUCCUAGUAUUU